AUGGAUGUCAAUCUAGUUCCGUAUGAAAGGACGAAAACUGAUGAAACGGAACGCCACUGUUACCUCAGGAAGAUCUUAUCUCAAAUUUCAGGGAAAGGUGAAAAAUCGGACAAGGGUUUAGUGGAGACAAAUUUGGAUCAAGAAGACGGUGGACAUGAGAAGACAGAAAACAGUCAGUCACUGUUUUCAUGCAUUCCCCGUGGACAAAGAUCUAGAGGAAGAGUUGCAAGGAGGCAAACUGCUGAGUUACUUCAUACGGCUGAAGGGGAUUCUGCAGAAGAAAUUGUGGAGGAACGUCAAAGUCCACGCAAAUGUCGAAAGAGAAAAUGUAAACACAAAACUGAUUCAAGUGACUUGGAAGGUAUUCCUGCCCGUCGUUCUUGUCCUGCUAGACGAUCAAGGGGGGUUGGCAACACAACCUCCAACCUACGAGGAAAAAUAAAUGACGCAUUAUUCCAACGCUGCUUUCUGAAAAUAUGGGAGGACUCUCCUGAAGAGAAAAGGAAUUUGUGUACGUAUAUGGAAUGCUUAUGGUUUUCCAUGUACACAAAUGAUCAUUGGAGAAAAAGGGUGCUGACGUGGAUUAAGAAAAUCAACAUAUUCUCAAAAGAAUAUGUUUUGGUUCCGAUUGUUUUAUGGUCUCACUGGUAUCUUGUAAUCUUUUGUCACUUGGGUGAAAGUUCACAGUCAAAAACAAGAAAUCCGUGCAUUUUAUUAUUGAAUUCACUGCGUGAAUUGGACAGGGGGCUUGAACCUCUAAUAAGAAGGCUUAUCAUAGACAUAUAUGAAACAGAGGAGAGGCCACUGGACAAGAAACUAAUUAGAAAAAUUCCUCUUUUGGUUCCUAAGGUUCCACAGCAGACAAACAGUGAGGAAUGUGGCAUUUUCGUUCUGUAUUAUGCUAACCUAUUCUUACAGAACACUCCAGAAAAUUUUAGCACUUCUGAUGGCUACCCUUACUUUAUGAAAGAUGACUGGUUUGGUAAGGAAGAGUUAGAGGACUUCUAUAAAAGACUGGAGGCAGUUGACACCGAAUCUCAUGAUGCUGAUGAAUGA